GUAUGUAUAUUGCUUGAUUGUUCAACCCCUGUUCCCACUCUACCUACCCCCCGUGUUCUGUGAUUACCGGGACUUCUCAAGUACCGCAUCGGUUCAGACUGAUGUCGACGGGACAGGACACCGGGGCACUGCCACGACGUAGUGCCAGAAUCGCAGUUCGUGCCCGCCCUGCAGUACCUCCAAGACCGAAGAAACUCAGCAGACGGACGACUCCAGCAGCAUCAAGUACGGCAUUGACGGUACAAGACGCCACCGGAGAUCAUCCCGCAUACCCAGUCCGAGGAGCCAAUGAGCCCGCGGCUGAUUAUCGUGGGCGGCUACUGGCAGUUUCAGAAGCCGUAGCUGCCGUCGAGGCCCGGAAGGAGACAGCAGAGGCAGAACGUCAACGGCUAGCCAAUGAAGCGGCAGCAGAAGCUCAGCGAACGACUGAGACUGACGCAGCGACACGAGACAGACGGAAUGCCAGCAGCACGGAGUCCUUGAUUGCUUGUGAGCAUCAGUGGACGACGAUACUCCAAGACAUGAUCUUUGUGCCUACAGAAGCGCAGGCAGACCCGACACCGGCGGAGGCAGAGAGAAGUAACCUGGCUAACUUGCUGUUGGGCAUGAUGAGAGGUAUUAUGUGGAAUAAUACACUGCUGCAGUCACAUCUGCGCACGGACGCGACGCAGCGACAAACAUACAAGAAUGAUAUCACUACGUUAACAACUGCUAUCCGCACAGAGGCAAUACAGCAGCAGCAACAGCAUCAACUGUUGAAUUCCACUAUCACACGCGUCAACAGCAUAGAGGCUAACACCUCAGCAGCGCCAGGCUGCACGACAGACGUGACGAAGCAACUCAACGAGCCCAUCGAUCACGUCGUCACCAUCAUCGGCGACAUAAGUACUUUCAACGGACCAGACUUGAUCAGCAGCACGGUGGCCGCCAUCAAGACGGACAUCACCAAGCUACAGACGAGACCGGAAGCCGCUACAAAGACAUUCAAGAUGCCGACACUUCGACAUCAGCAAGUUCGACGAUUACAACAAGUCGGACGCCUUGGAUGGAUGAACCACCUAGCGGCUACACAAGUGCACUAUCGCCGAACUCCACACGCACAUUACGUGGAAGGAGUUCGAGCAGCUAUGGUUCACCCGGUUCAUGGUCCGCAACGUCCUGAAGGCGCCAUGAAUGAGGUGUACACAUGCUCUCAAGGGAACAUGCCAACUCGAGACUGGACAACGAAGUGGCAAAAGAUAGUGACCACAGCAGGUUUCGACUUGACGUUUCCAAAUCAACGAUCCGAGUUCUUCUCGCGAUCGUGCGCGGGAUUGCGGUCGGCMCUCGGUAAUGAGUACGACUAUGCCACAUUCCAGGCCAUUCUGGAUCGAGCGAACUUGGUCAUCCAAACGGACGACAAGGCCGCUAACGAGAGACAAUCCCAGCCGCACUAUGUGGCUAAGCAGACCUAUCAACGUCCGACACAUAACAAUGCCGUGUUUUCUGAAGAAAUCGACGACCACCACGCGGCGGCAGCAUCCUCGAGUGAUGGAGGAAUUGUCGCAGCACUCCCGCGGAAGCAUCCGAAGAGAGUUCGCAAGAACAAGGCGACACAAGGGACAGCGGCGACGGGAGCUGGGCAGCAGCCAUGGACGGCUUAUAAGAUCACCAAGGAGGUCUAUGACCUACGCUACAAGUCCGAUCCGACUUACUCUACGCUUUACGCAGAGCUUUCAUCGGAUCACCCGCCGGCUAGCCAUUAUCGGAUUUCCGACGGGUUCCUUCUCCUUCACACGAGAGGAAAGGACUUGUUAGUUGUGCCCCAAGAUCGUAUCUUGCGGACUCGUCUUCUCGGCGAAUUCCACGAUGCACGACUUUCGGCACACCUUGGCGUGAACCGCACACUCGUACGCCUCCGCCAGCGUUUUCACUGGCCAGACGUCCUUCAUGACGUCACGAGGUACAUUGAGUCACGUGCAGUUUGCCACCGUAACAAGGGGCAAUCUCGAGUCCCCUUCGGCGAACUGAAACCGUUGCCGAUUCCUCGGGCACCACGCCUCUCCAUUGCUAUGGACGUGACAGGCCCGUUUCCCCGCGAUCGCCACGGCCAUGACGGUAUUCUCACGGUCGUUGACCGUUUGAGCAARUAUGCUYRCUUYCUUCCKUGCAAGUAUCAUGCUGCAGCACCUGAGCUCGCACGACUCUUGCACACCGGUUGGAUUACCAACCAAGGUGUUCCGGAAGACAUAGUGAGCGACCGAGACACUCGCUUCAUGUCAGCCUUUUGGACUUCUCUCAUGACUGAGUCCGGCACGACAAUGAAGCCGAGCUCGGCUAGGCACCCGCAAACGGAUGGUCAGACGGAGCGAGCGCACCAGACCGCUCAGAUGAUGUUGCGUACGCUCAUCGAGUUCGCCUACAACACUUGGGUUGACCGGCUUCCCGACAUCGAGUUCGCCUACAACACUUGGGUGCACCCGGCGAUCUGCGUCACACCAUUUGAGCUACAUCAUGGUGGAGAGAAAGCACGGAUCUUCGCUAAUCUCCUUUUGCCACAGGCUGCCGACAUAGACAUCCCUUGCUCUCCCGCUUUUGUCAGGAAGUAUCGGGACUUGCUGAUCAAAGCCCGCGUGAAUAUGCAAAAGGCUCAGGUCCGCAUGCAGCAGCAAGCUAACCGACCUCGACUUCCAUGUCCUUUCCGCGAGGGAGACCUUGUUUGGGUCCUCUCCGAGGAAUUUGCGCUCGAGCAGGAUGUUUCGCGCAAACUCCUUCCGAAAUGGUUCGGACCAUGGGAAGUCACUUCUGCCGUUGGAGACGACCCCGCCGGUCCUUCCUUCGUGAUCAACAUUCCACCGCACCUAACAGUGCAUCGGGUCUUCCAUGCAUCGAAGUUGGAGACGACCCCGCCGGUCCUUCCUUCGUGGCCAACAUUCCACCUCCAACUGACAAAUUCCCCGGACGUCGAUCACAGGAUCCGCCUUCUAUGGACGGACAUCAGGAAGUUGACCGAGUCAUCACGCACCGCAACUUUGGGCAUGACAGGCCAAUUGGCCAACGAGUCCAUUGACGAGUACCGACAGCGGGUUCUAGCUCAGCUUGCACUGAUCGCGGCUGAGGUACAGCGCCAGGCGACAGCCGAAGCUGCCCGCCUACAGGCUGAAGCGGCGGCAGCAGCUGAAAAGCAGCGGCUUCAGGCCGAGGCUGAUGCAGAUGCCCWGGCCCACCGCAAGGAGGCCCAGGAUCUGCUACAACGGCACGAAGCCGCCAGCGUGGAAAGGCUCAAAUCCGAACUGGCGAAACAACUCCAGGAACUGGCGAAACAACACCAGGAACUGGCAAAUCUCCGACGGACAAUGCAGAACCACGAGGAUCUGCACAAGGAUGCUACACGAGCACUUCAUUCCCGUGUACAGGACUUGGGGAAAGUCGCACCAAGACCAGAUGUUGGCGAGUCCAGCAGUGCACCCUCAACCCGCCAAUUGGAAGAACGAGUUGACAAGGUAGUCGCAAUGCUCGGCGACAUCAGCACAUUCGCCGCACCAGCCACCAUCAGCGAGCAGCUCGGCACCUUGCAGACCGAACUCAGGCAGCUACACCAGCCGCCCGACAACGAUUGCAACACCAGUGCUUCGAAGCACUACAAGAUGUCGACGUUCCGGAUCGAGAAAUUUGACAACUAUAUGCAUCAUAACCCAAACGUCUGGUGGGACGGUUUUACAACAGAGCUUGGGAUUCACGAGGUCCCCGAAUACUUGUUCAUCUCGGCGCUGUUCCUCAACGUCAAGGGCGGAUGCCAGAUCUGGCUCAGCUACAUGGCAACCAUCUACGGCGUCCAGGUCAACCAUCUAUACAAGAAGAUCUCCUGGGAAGAUCUGACGAGAGAAUGGAAGAAGCGGUUCAUCGUUGACGUCGCCCCGGCGCUCGCCAUCAACUGCCUCUUCACCAUGACCCAAGGCAACACACCGACACGCGAUUGGCUCACGGAAUGGCAAAAGAUCAUGGCAACGCCCGAUCUCGAGUUGCCAUUUUCGCAUCUGCGCCGAGAGUUCUACAACCGGUCGUGUGCCGCCUUGAGCCUCGCACUCGGUGAUCGCAAGCAGUACACGACCUUUGUUGAGAUUAUCGACAAGGCGCGAGAGAUCAUCAAGACCAACCGGGCUGCUGCACACGAGAAGUCAGCGUGGCAGCCAGCCUAUGUGGAGAAAUGGAAAAUUUGGUCCGCAUCCGCAACAUGUUGCUGCAGUCCAACCGGACAAAAUUGUGGAAGACCCGGCAGCCACCUCAACAUCACGUGAGGGAGAUUAGGUGGGCGCUGUCCAGCCGCGAAGCAACAAUAACUCCCGUGGAAAAGGGAAGGCGAAAACCGCAUCGC